CCAUCAGACGCGAGCCACCUACCUACCCUGGGUCACGAGCAGGGCGGCGCGCUCCGGUCCAAGGAGAGAGACAGAGACCGGCGGUGCCAGCCGCCUCCCCGCCGGCCGGCCGCCACGCCAUGUGCGGUAUCCUCGCCGUCCUCGGCGUCGGCGACGUCUCCCUCGCCAAGCGCUCGCGCAUCAUCGAGCUCUCCCGCCGGUUACGACACAGAGGCCCUGACUGGAGUGGUAUACACAGCUACGAGGAUUGCUUCCUUGCACACCAGCGGUUGGCUAUCGUAGACCCCACGUCUGGGGACCAGCCGUUAUACAAUGAGGACAAAACAGUUGUCGUGACGGUGAACGGAGAGAUCUAUAAUCAUGAAGAACUGAAAGCCAAGCUGCCAUCUCAUAAGUUUCAAACUGGUAGUGACUGUGAAGUUAUUGCUCACCUAUAUGAAGAAUAUGGGGAAGAAUUUGUGGAUAUGCUGGAUGGCAUGUUCUCGUUUGUGCUUCUUGACACACGUGAUAAAAGCUUCAUCGCUGCCCGUGACGCUAUUGGCAUCUGCCCCUUAUACAUGGGCUGGGGUCUUGAUGGGUCAGUUUGGUUUUCUUCAGAGAUGAAGGCAUUGAGUGAUGAUUGCGAACGCUUCAUAUCGUUCCCUCCUGGACACUUAUACUCAAGCAAAACAGGUAGCCUAAGGAGGUGGUACAACCCCCCAUGGUUUUCAGAAAGCAUUCCCUCAGCCCCUUAUGACCCUCUCCUCAUCAGAGAGAGUUUUGAGAAGGCUGUUAUUAAGAGGCUAAUGACUGAUGUGCCAUUUGGCGUUCUGUUGUCUGGUGGACUUGACUCUUCUUUGGUUGCUUCUGUUGUUUCACGGCACUUGGCAGAAACAAAAGUUGCCAGGCAGUGGGGAAACAAGCUGCACACCUUUUGCAUUGGUUUGAAGGGUUCUCCUGAUCUUAAAGCUGCUAAGGAAGUUGCUGACUACCUUGGCACAGUCCAUCAUGAAUUACACUUCACAGUGCAGGAGGGCAUUGAUGCGUUGGAAGAAGUUAUUUACCAUGUCGAGACAUAUGAUGUAACAACAAUUAGAGCAAGUACCCCAAUGUUCUUAAUGUCUCGUAAAAUCAAAUCUUUGGGUGUGAAGAUGGUUCUUUCCGGAGAAGGUUCUGAUGAAAUAUUUGGUGGUUACCUUUAUUUUCAUAAGGCACCAAACAAGAAAGAAUUCCAUGAGGAAACAUGCCGGAAGAUAAAGGCUCUCCAUUUAUAUGACUGCUUGAGAGCGAACAAAUCAACAUCUGCCUGGGGUCUUGAGGCUCGUGUUCCAUUCCUUGACAAAAACUUCAUCAAUGUAGCAAUGGACAUGGAUCCUGAAUGUAAGAUGAUAAGACGUGAUCUUGGCCGGAUUGAGAAAUGGGUUCUGCGUAAUGCAUUUGAUGAUGAGGAGAAACCCUAUUUACCCAAGCAUAUUCUUUACAGGCAAAAGGAACAAUUCAGCGAUGGUGUUGGGUACAGUUGGAUUGAUGGACUGAAGGACCAUGCUAAUGAACAUGUGUCGGAUUCCAUGAUGAUGAAUGCUAGCUUUGUUUACCCUGAAAACACACCCACAACCAAAGAAGCCUACUAUUACAGGACAGUAUUUGAGAAAUUCUAUCCCAAGAAUGCUGCUAGGCUAACGGUACCAGGAGGUCCCAGUGUGGCAUGCAGCACUGCGAAAGCUGUUGAAUGGGAUGCUGCCUGGUCGAAACUCCUCGAUCCGUCUGGUCGCGCUGCUCUUGGCGUGCAUGAUGCAGCCUAUGAAGAUACUCCAGAAAAGGCUCCUGCAUUGUCGGUGGAUCCCGUCACAGAAGAUGUCUUCCGUCCAGCACAUGUCGAAAGCCUAGUCCCGGCCGCUGCUGUUUAGACUUCCGGGGUGUCAUAAAAUGCUUGGAAAAUACUGUUAUUUGCUCCAAUUCUAGCUUUCUUUGCAUCCUUUCGUCAGUUCCUUCAACCAUGCAGUGCAGAAAUUGCUUUGUUUCAUUCCUACCAGGCGUCACGUUUUGAUUCCGUGUGUACUAAAUUUGUUUGUCAAUGUACUGAGCAUCCAGUUGUAAAUAUCUCACAGUUGCUGAUAUCCUGACUUGCUCGAUGUUUGGUUUGUAGCUGCGAAGGUUCAUUUAAUUCCAAUGUUGAUUUCAGGAUUA